UAUCACCGCACCACAUGCAUGUUUCCUUGGAGCCAUUUUUAAGGGCUGCUAGCAUGCUUUUCUAGUUACGAACUAUUCAUGAGGCAUGAGAUCAUGCAUCAUAUGUGAAGAAACUGGGAGCAUGCCCUUGUAUAGCGAUAAAUUCCUAUGGUAACUUGUAUAGAGGUUUUCUCUCUGUUUACCAAGCUCCUUGUUGCUAGGCUUGUUUGGCAUUUGCCAAGCACCUUGUUGCUAGGCUUGUCAAAAUGGUACAUUUUAAUUGGUAUCUUCAUGCAUCGAGCAUGAAUGGCCGACUAUGAAAUGGCACAUUUUCAUAGGUCGGACUGCACGCACAUGCAGACACCAACUAGAAAUUGUCGGGUUUACCACCCUAUUGUGCCAGCGUCGGAGAAAUGACUCGGACUUGAGGUUUUAUCUUUCCACAAGCUAAUCUCCCUCAAAGGGCUCAUCUGCUCUCUUUCUUUCUCCGGAAGCCAUCGCGAACUGGAUCAGAUUCAGGUCAACCCUCUGAUUAAGCCAAAUCUGUUUACUCAAAUUUGUUAGUCUAAAGUAUGAGAUAAGUCGUUGUAAAUCUCCGUCAGCCAUUGCAUUCAAAUCGAAUCUGAAUGUUCAUGAAUGUGCAUCAUUUUUCCACUAGCCAUGUCUGGAUUUUGGUUGUGGACAAUCUGAUCUUAUUCCUAAAUGUAAUUCAAAGUUUAAUGAAACUAGAUUCAAUUUGGUUUGCUUGCUAAUGAUUAAAGUGAACCCGUUUAAAUUCGUGCGGUUUUUGGGCAUGGAUCUUCGCCCUGGGCGAUUGACAUACGACACUAUUUAUUUCUGCACUGAGAAGAGGUACUUAGAAGCCUACAAAUUUGAUCUUUGAGUUGAUAAGAAUAAUGUCUCCAAAUUCGUAGACCGUAUUUGCUUCCCCUAUUUUGCCAUGAAAAUAGACUGUUUCACUAGGACAACAGCGAUCUUUUUGGCUGAGUGAAACAAACAUCAAAAAGUCUAUUUUGUACUUUUUAUAGGCCCGAUAACGUGCUCAUAAUCUUUCCUGCCACUUCAUCUUCUUGGCAAAAUUAGUGUCACACUUUUACCUACCAUUAGACUUUAGUGGCAGGCUUCUCCAUUUUCCACAACUCUCUUCCUUUCAUCCAAAUAUUUUUCUCCUUCAUCAAAACAGAUGAACCCUAGUUGCUGACAGCUAAUCUUUUAGUCUUCAACUUUGAAAGACUCUUCACCGCUUUUUAAAAUUUUCAAAUAAUUAAAAUUAUAAAUUCAGUCAACAGAAGUUAAUUUGUUAUGACAUUUUAAUUGCGACAGUCACUACUUGUUAAAUACAAAACUUAGAGUAAAAAUUAAACCGAAUUAAAUGAUAAACUUAGAUGAGAAUAAGCGGAUUGUGUUACGUGAAGUCCUUCAUUUGGCAAUCCAGACAGUGGAUCUCUGUCGGAUAAUUGAAAAAGUGUGACCUCUUUGAGGUUAAAACAAGGAUUAUAAAGAAAUGAAAAUUCUCUGUUCAUUGAUAGGAUUAUGGUUUUUUUUUUUUUUUUGCUUUGAUUUACUUGGGUCCCAUUGAAUCCAGCAAUCUUUCUCUGUUAAAUGCCAAACCCUCCAAUUUUUCGUUUAUUUCCUCCUCGACCCUCUGCGCCAUCUCUCGUAUUAAAGCACCCCCUCGUUGUCGUGGCAAAUGGCGUCCCUUCCUUCCCCCAACAUCUGGGUACGGUACGGAGUUCCAGCGCUCCCCGUUCAGGAAGACGACAUAUCGCUGUCGGAGCUUCUAAACGGCGGCCAACCUUUUCCAUUCCCUCGUAUUGCCUUCACCAUUCACGCUUCGCACUCCAACGGGCCACCGGAUCCUUCAGUUGCAGAACAUUGAGCGAUUCUUUCUCUCUCUCUCUCUCUCUCUCGCUCUCUCUCGCUUGCUGAUGCGUUUCUCCGCUCAUCGCGAUGGAUUCAGUGUGGAUGGAUUUCAAAAUGGCAAUUUGCUUUGCCUUCGCCAUCCUCGUGACGAGGUUCGUUCUCCACGUCUUCGUCUACCAGAAGCUUGCAAACUGGUUGUUGGAUGGUGGCACUGCAUUGUCCUUAAAGCUAACUGAAGCUAAACAGGUCAAGAUCGCAAAAUGCUGCGAGUCCAUGUGGAAAUUUACAUACUAUGCUACUGUUCAGGCUUGUGUUAUUUGCAUAACCUACCAUGAACCGUGGUUUCGCGACAAGAAAGAAUUUUUCAAAGGAUGGCCAAAGCAAGAUCUCAAGCCUUCUCUGGGACUUCUUUACAUGUGCCAAUGCGGAUUCUACAUCUACAGCAUUGCUGCCCUCCUCACAUGGGAAACUCGAAGGAAAGAUUUUAGCAUAAUGAUGUCACAUCAUAUAGUUACGGUUGUCCUAAUUGGGUUCUCUUAUGUUACAAGGUUUUUCCGUAUUGGAUCCAUCAUACUAGCUUUGCAUGAUGCCAGCGAUGUAUUUAUGGAAGCUGCUAAGCUCUUCAAAUACUGUGAAAAGGAGCUUGCAGCCAGUGUCUUUUUUGGAUGUUUUGCUAUUUCAUGGCUUAUCUUGAGGCUGAUCAUCUUCCCUUUUUGGGUAAUCUGGAGCUCUAGCUAUGAUUCUGUUCAAUAUCUGCCACUUAACGAGGUUUAUGUCCGUGCACUCUACUACCUAUUCAACACAAUGCUUUUGACACUUCUCGUGUUUCACGUGUACUGGUGGAUUCUCAUAUAUUCUAUGAUCUUGAGACAACUGAAAAACAGAGGAAAGGUUGGGGAGGAUAUAAGAUCAGAUUCCGAAGAUGAGGACUAGGUGUAAAGUGGUAUCUGCUGGGUCAUAAGCUCCCCCUGUAGCAUUCAUUCCAGCUCUCAAAUGCAAGCUCUGUACUCUACUUAUCCAAGUAGGCUGUCAUGGGGAUGCUAGUAACAGUGAGUUUCUGCAUUUGAUUAAAUUGCUCACAACAGCAAGCAUCUUCUAUCGGCACCGUGCCAGUUUCUUUGAUGUAAAUUGGUUACAAUAUUGUUAUCUUUCUUUUGCAUUUUUUUUUUUGUUCCAUGAUAACUUGAGAAAAUACUGAGUUGUGGAAGACCUUUCUAUUCGGCACU